GGAAAGGCAUGGCUAGAGGUGGGGUUUGACUGUGAGUGAAUGCAAGAGGAGAUGGCUGGACCCGAGCACUGCUUCAGAAGGGGAAGCCAAGUGCUGCUACGGCACUCAUGGGACAGCAGAUAACCCCAAUCCCUCAAAGCUUCCAUGGAUGUUGUCUGACUGAUCCAAGCACCGAUACCUCAUCAUCAGUUGGAACCAAGAGCAUUCGAACAAUAUUAGUAAUAGUACAGAUAAAGAAGCUCCAGGCCUAUUCCAAACCUAAAAACUAAGCUGUGGGGAUAUCUGUGAAGUGAACCAAGUCCAAAGCAUAAGGUCAAGAGAUGGUUGGAGGCUGCAACAUCGGCCCUCUAGUGUUUAUCCCCAAGCUUCUGUUCAGCUGAGAGAUGCUUAGUUCCCUGCCUCUUCCCUCCAGCCCAGCCUUCUGUUUGUGACAUGCUUUUGCUUUCCCAUUGAAGGCUACCUGGGCUUCUAGCUCCAUUGUAUUACAUAAGAGAGAGAGAGAAGAGUGAGGAAUGGAUGAAUAAAUAUAUGAACUUAUGCUACAGGAGACAGAGUUGGAAAUGAUGCGUAAUGACUGAUGCUCCACAGAAGUUUACGAGACAAAUUGUUCAAAAGGCAGAGUGCCCAAGUAGAGAGAAACAGUGAUCUGUUCUCAACUGUUGAUCUCUGUGCCACAGUAGGCUAGUUACUUCUUGUUUGGUCUCAAGGUCUUGUGCCCUGGGCUAGAAGAUCCAAGGCUACAAUGGAAGAGAAUGUAUUCAGUGUGCAGCAGAUACAGCCCAACGUCAUUUCAGUGAGACUGUUCAAGCGCAAGGUUGGGGGCCUUGGAUUUCUGGUGAAGGAGCGUGUCAGCAAGCCACCUGUGAUCAUCUCUGAUCUAAUCCGGGGAGGGGCAGCUGAGCAAAGUGGCCUCAUCCAGGCAGGGGACAUUAUCCUGGCUGUCAAUGGCAGGCCCCUGGUGGACAUGAACUAUGAAAGUGCCCUGGAGAUCCUGAGGAGCAUAGCCUCUGAGACCUAUGUGGUUCUCAUUUUGAGGGGCCCUGAGGGCUUCACCACUCACCUGGAGACCACCUUUACUGGUGAUGGAACACCAAAAACUAUUAGAGUAACUAGACCCCUGUGCCCAAGUGCAAAGGCAGUUGACUUGUCCAAUCCAAGCAUACACAGCAAAGAGCAGCAGCAAGGAACAGACCACACCAUGGGCUCCAUUAGUUCAACCUGGGCUAGAGAGAGCAGACAAGAAACAAAGCCUAUGCACCUCAACGGUGUGGUUGCCAGCACCAAAGGUGAGGACUCUUUGACCGGAAAGGAAGAUGCCAGUGCCAAUCCUUGCCUGAAUGGUGGGGUUGAAAACAAUGAACUGCUGAAAGAAAUAGAGCCAGUCCUGGACCUCCUGAAGAGUGGCAGUAAGGAACUCAAUGGAGAGGCGCCCUCCAAGAUAGACACAAGAGAUGUAGAAAUCCAGGUGGACUGUUGCAGGGAAGCAGAUAACAAGUCCCAGAAGCCCUUAUCAUCUGGAAUGGAAAAUGACAGAGUUUUCAAUGACCUCUGGGGCAAGAACAACAUGCCUGUCGUCCUUAACAAUCCCUACUCGGAAAAGGAACAGCCACCGCCCUCUGGGAGACAGUCUCCAACAAAAAAUGUGGUGAAUGGAAGCCCUUCCAAGUGCCCAAGGUUUGUUAAAAUCAAGAACUGGGAGUCAGGUUCAGUGCUUCAUGAUACUUUGCAUCUAAAAACAGCAAUGGCCACUGCGUGUACAGAGCAGGUCUGCAUGGGCUCAGUAAUGACACCUUCCCAGCAUAUCCGGAAGCAGGAAGAUACCAGGACAAAAGAGGAGCUGCUCCUCUUGGCUAAGGAUUUCAUUGAUCAAUACUAUUCCUCCAUAAAGAGGUUUGGUUCCAAGGCUCACAUGGAAAGACUGGAGGAAGUGACCAAGGAGAUUGAAGCCACAGAAACCUAUCAGCUGCGGGACACAGAGCUGAUCUAUGGAGCAAAGCAUGCCUGGCGGAAUGCAUCACGCUGUGUGGGCAGGAUUCAGUGGUCCAAGCUGCAGGUGUUUGAUGCCCGAGACUGCACCACAGCCCAUGGGAUGUUCAAUUACAUGUGCAACCACAUCAAAUAUGCCACCAACAAAGGGAACCUCAGGUCUGCUAUCACUAUAUUCCCUCAAAGGACAGAUGGAAAGCAUGACUUCAGAAUCUGGAACACCCAGCUCAUCCGCUAUGCUGGUUACAAGCAGCCAGAUGGUACCAUUCUUGGAGACCCGGCUAAUGUGGAGCUGACAGAGAUCUGCAUCCAGCAAGGGUGGAAGGCACCCAGGGGUCGCUUUGAUGUGCUGCCACUUCUUCUUCAAGCCAAUGGCAAUGAUCCAGAACUCUUUGAGAUCCCCCCUGAGCUGGUGUUGGAAGUACCCAUCAGACAUCCUAAGUUUGAGUGGUUCAAGGACCUGGGACUGAAGUGGUACGGUUUGCCAGCAGUUUCUAACAUGCUACUAGAGAUCGGAGGCUUGGAGUUCUCUGCCUGCCCUUUCAGCGGCUGGUACAUGGGCACCGAGAUUGGGGUCAGAGAUUACUGUGAUAACUCUCGCUACAACAUGCUGGAGGAGGUAGCUAAAAAGAUGAACUUGGAUAUGAGGAAAACCUCCUCACUGUGGAAGGACCAAGCACUGGUGGAGAUCAACAUAGCUGUUCUGUACAGCUUUCAGAACGACAAGGUGACUAUUGUGGAUCAUCACUCAGCCACAGAGUCUUUCAUCAAGCACAUGGAGAAUGAGUACCGCUGCCGUGGGGGCUGUCCUGCUGACUGGGUAUGGAUUGUCCCACCAAUGUCUGGCAGUGUCACUCCAGUCUUCCACCAGGAAAUGCUCAACUAUCGGCUCACACCCUCCUUUGAGUACCAGCCUGACCCUUGGAAUACUCAUAUCUGGAAAGGGGUCAACGGGACCCCUACCAAAAAGAGAGCCAUCGGGUUUAAAAAACUAGCAAAAGCCGUGAAGUUCUCUGCCAAACUGAUGGGCCAGGCAAUGGCCAAAAGGGUCAAAGCAACCAUCUUGUAUGCUACAGAAACAGGGAAAUCGCAGGUCUAUGCAAAAACCUUAUGUGAAAUCUUCAAACAUGCUUUUGAUGCCAAGGUGAUGUCCAUGGAUGAGUAUGACAUAGUCCACCUGGAGCAUGAAACCCUUGUCCUGGUCGUCACCAGUACGUUCGGCAAUGGAGAUCCACCCGAGAAUGGGGAGAAAUUUGGCUGUGCGCUGAUGGAAAUGAGGAACCCCAACUCCAACCUAGAAGAGAGGAAGAGCUACAAAGUCCGUUUUAACAGUGUCUCAUCUUCCUCGGAUGUGCGGAAAUCUUCAAGUGAUGGGCCUGGUGCCAGGGACAACUUUGAGAGCACAGGGCCUCUGGCUAAUGUCAGAUUCUCUGUGUUCGGCCUGGGAUCGCGGGCCUACCCCCACUUCUGCGCCUUCGCUCGUGCUGUGGACACCCUUCUGGAGGAGCUAGGAGGGGAGCGGAUCCUCCGGAUGGGAGAGGGAGAUGAGCUUUGUGGCCAGGAGGAGUCUUUCAGGACCUGGGCCAAAAAGGUCUUCAAGGCAGCGUGUGAUGUGUUCUGUGUGGGAGAUGACGUGAACAUUGAGAAGGCCAACAACUCCCUUAUCAGCAAUGACCGCAGCUGGAAGAGGAGCAAGUUCCGUCUGACCUAUGUGGCUGAGGCCCCUGAGCUCACACAAGGUCUGUACAGUAUUCACAAAAAGAGAGUCUAUGCAGCCCGGCUUCUAACACGCCAGAAUCUGCAGAGCCCCAAAUCCAGUCGGUCAACAAUUUUCCUGAGACUUCACACCAAUGGAUACCAGGAAUUGCAGUACCUCCCUGGAGACCACCUGGGAGUAUUUCCAGGCAACCAUGAGGACUUGGUCAAUGCCCUGAUUGAAAGACUAGAGGAUGCACCCCCAACCAACCAGCUGGUGAAGGUGGAGCUCUUGGAGGAGAGGAGCACAGCUCUAGGUGUCAUCAGUAACUGGGCAGACGAGAACCGCAUCCCUCCAUGCACCAUCUUCCAUGCAUUUAAGUACUAUCUGGACAUUACCACACCUCCCACACCCCUGCUGCUGCAACAGUUUGCCUUACUGGCCACCAGUGACAGAGAGAAGAAAUGUCUGCAGGUCCUCAGCAAGGGUUUGCAGGAAUAUGAGGAAUGGAAGUGGUCCAAAAACCCCACCGUAGUAGAGGUGCUGGAGGAGUUCCCAUCCGUGCAGAUGCCCUCCAGCUUGCUGCUCACCCAGCUCCCCCUGCUGCAGCCUCGCUAUUACUCAAUCAGCUCCUCCCCUGACAUGUACCCAGACGAGGUUCACCUCACUGUGGCUGUGGUCUCGUACCGCACUAGAGAUGGGGAAGGACCAAUACACCAUGGGGUCUGCUCCUCUUGGUUCAACCGGAUACAGCCUGAUGAGGUUGUGCCCUGUUUUGUAAGAGGAGCUCCAGGAUUCCAUUUGCCACAAAAUCCCCAAGUCCCCUGCAUCCUGAUUGGCCCAGGUACUGGAAUUGCCCCUUUCCGGAGUUUCUGGCAGCAGCGGCUCUUUGAAAUUCAACACAAAGGUCUGAAGCCUUGUCCUAUGAUUUUGGUUUUUGGGUGCCGACAGUCCAAAAUUGACCACAUUUACAGGGAGGAGACCCUCCUAGCCAAAAACAAAGGUGUCUUCAAAGAGCUGUACACAGCCUAUUCCCGUGAACCAGACAAACCAAAGAAAUACGUGCAGGAUGUACUACAGGAGCAACUGGCCCAGGCUGCGUACAAAGCACUGAAGGAGCAGGGAGGUCACAUCUAUGUGUGUGGCGAUGUCACCAUGGCUGGAGAUGUCCUCAAGACCAUCCAGCGUAUUAUGAGGCAGCAGGGCCAACUGUCAGUGGAGGAAGCUGGUGUUUUCCUUAGCCGGCUGCGGGAUGACAACCGAUAUCAUGAGGAUAUUUUUGGAGUCACCCUGCGUACAUAUGAAGUGACUAACCGCCUUAGAUCUGAGUCGAUUGCGUUCAUUGAGGAGAGCAAAAAGGACACGGAUGAGGUUUUCUGCUCAUAACUGGAUCCCAUUGCCCCAGAUGGAAUGCCAAACCAGUCACAGCAGCAGCCACCCCCCUCCAGCUGGAGGGUGCUGGGUUUUGUAUUUUCACGGACACGGCAGCUCCUUUUCUGCGGGGACUGCCCAUGGAACGUGCUCUGUCUCUUGUCCUGUUGUUGUGUCCUGAUGAUGAUGAUGAUGAUUUUCCUUCUCUCUCUCUCUCUCUCUCUUGUCCUGUGGCGGUUUCUUUUAACUUGUUUCCCUCCCUGGAGUUCCCUGCUGAAGUGCGAUGGCUUUAUAAUCUGCAGUGGCUCUUACGAAACUAUGUUUCUUCUUCUUCUCACGUUCUGACAAGGGCGUUUUGCUGCUGCAUGAAAUCACCACCUUAGCAAUCAUCUGCAUUUUUUGGUGUUUCAGGGAGAGGGAAGGGCCAGGUGCCUGGGCCUGGGAGCUGGCAGUUCCUGAUUAAAGCAGCGAGGAGUGGAAAGAAGCUGUUUCCCCAAGACCCCUUCCCCCUGCACAACUAGGACCUUGGCUGAAUCACUGCAUCGUCCUUGCUUUCCAUUAGACCAUAUGGGCCUGGCCCUCUGCCGAAGCUGAGCACAGAGGACACACGGUGCCUGCCAUGUCAAUGGACCUUGCUGUCCUCUCCAGAAAGCCUGGAAACACCAAAGCUUUGUUCUGUUUAAGGGGAGGGGUUUGUCUGCAUUUAAUAGAUACUGGAUUCACCUAAGACAGCUUUGUGAUAUAUUCUAAUUACACCAUCACUUCCCCUCCCCUGGCUUCACUCCCCUGCAGCUCUUCCCUUAGUCAUCCUCUGCCCCCAGUUAAGAGGCACCUUUACCUCCCUGCUGGAUGAAGGUCAUGGGGCAUGCGCAAGCAUAGCACACCGCAGCCUACGGAGUUGUCUGCAGCUGGGCAGCAUGUGGGUGGCAUCUGGUUGGUUACAAGGAAACACAAGCCCAGACCAUUCUGCCAAGCUGUCUUCAGAACCUUCCAGGCAGGCGAUAGGGGCUGAAGGUUAAAGGUGGCCAGAAAGCAGGAGAGGGCUACAGGCUUGCUGAGAUCCCUGCAGGAAGGUUCUGAGCCAGGGAUUGUCUGUGUCAUGGAGCUGCGCUGAGCUGAGGUUCACACUGGACCCAGGAGCCCUCUCCAGCAGGAUGAGGGGAAAUGUAAAGCAAGGAGGCUGAAAGGGGAAGCCCCAUAUGCCCAGCUCUAGGGGUAUCUGCCAACAAUAAAGGCUGAUGGGAAGCCAGCGGGUAGCUUGUUCCCCCAGGUUAUAUUGCAUGAGGUCUGCUAAAGCUAUAUAAUGCAUUCCUGACCCCAGCUGCCAGGUUCUUUGGGAGCCCCAUUUAAAUGAGCAAGAGAGGCUCUUGGGGCUUCAAAGGAGGGUAGCUUCAUCCCAUUGCAAUUGUGUGACCUGUCCUUUCCCAGCACCCUCCCUUCACCCUUCCAGAAGCUCUGAAGUGCUCAUGGCACAAGGCUGACUGCAGUGGAUGCCUCCACUUGGCCAAAAAAAAGUAUUCUGCCUGCUAUAAUCCCAUUCCCAAACUGCAUGGGGCAUUUCUGCCAGGAGGUGUAGCAGGGGAUGUAGACCAAGCUCAGGGACUGAUGCAAUGAUCCUGGGCUCUGAAAUGCUGCCAACUCAGGCUCAGUGCAAAAAGCCAGCCACCCAAGUAACCUAUGAAGGGAUGCAAAGGGGUCAUCAGCACCUUUUUUUCCAGGCAUCUCAAGCUGGUGCACAGUCCAUCUCUCUCGUUCCUCUUUUGGGAAUGAAAACAUCUCCUUGCCCCUCUUUCCCCAGCUGCUGGAUUCCUUGGGCAUGGGGAAUGCUCAAUAUUCCCUCCACCAUGCUCUACCCUACAACCCUGCAGGCAGCAAAGGGAGGCUGCUGUUUUCAGGUAGCUUUUGCUGUCCUUCCUCCCUGGGAACUCACAGUACUGGACCACUUGUCAGUGUCAGCAUGUGCUAUCACCAGAACAGGGAGCUGCAAGGAAGGAGGGCUUUAACAGCUGUAACAAAUUGUUUUGACUUCAGAGACCAGGAUCUGCCAUUGACUCCCCCAAGCCACACUUUUAACAAAGCAAACCCCUCCAGAUUUGAAACUUCCCCUGCCCAAAUGCAGCUUGGUUGUUCUAGUUCAGGUCACCUUGAUUGGCCUCCGACUAUGCAGUGACCACAGAAGUUUGAUUUUGCUGCCAGUCUUUCCUGCAUCCCUAGUCACUAGAGUGCGCUGUCCUUUCCCAUAACAGGAUCUCUUCCUCAACUCUAGAUGUGUCCCAGAAACAAAGCUUGGGCCAAAAGGCCUCCAAGGCUUUGGGAAAGGUUGCAUCCAGGUCUGAAUUUGAUUGUUCAGAUCCAUCUCUUAGCAGGACAUCUGUUGCUGAUGUGUGUGGUUGCUGCCACCUUGUGGUAGUUCACAAGCUCUCUGAACUGGACAGCUGGCCAAUUUGUUGCCUCAUGGGAUGAACAAAGAUCCCAGGUCAAGCCCCCAUCCACACUACAGCUGGUGUUUUGUAACCAUUUGCAACUGGUUUACAACAGGGACUGCAUCUGUCUCUCUACACUGCCUUAGUUGGUUUUGGGAGUGUCCGGCAUAUAUCCCACAGUGCCUCUUCAGAGGCUACAUGCCACAGGGGAUUUGCACACAGAGCAGUUGGUGGAGCAGUAAAUUCUGGGAUUUUCCAGUGCACAGAGAGCAGGGAAGGAAAGGGAAAAGCCAGACCUCUUAUGAUUUGAAGGAAGCUGGGGAUCCUGUCUGCUGUAGCAUCAACACUAUGCUAAACCAGUUCCGUCAACUUCAGCCUCUGGCAGGGUGAGGCAGUUAGUCAUAGUGGUUGCUCCCCAUAUGGUGUGCCCACAUAGAGCAUGGCUUAGAGCCAGCAGGAGUGCUACUAACCUAGUUAUAAACUCAGUUCAAAGUUGUUGCCCAAGUAGGGCUGUAGGCUCCAGCUUACAGCCAGUACAGUGAGCUCUCAUCAGGAGCAUAGGGACCCCACUCUACUAUUCCCUCAACAUGAGGCUCAUGUCCUGGCCCCAGAGAAGUAGAGGGAAGGAGAAGGAAUGAGGAGUGUGAAAGAGAAGGCGCUGCAUUUGGUAGAGACAGAUUUGCAAAUCUGGGAGAUGAAUGCCCAAGUCCUUCAUGCCCCUUUGAAGAUGAGUCUUAGAGAGGAAAAUGCUGUGUAAAGUCCAGCCAGCUCUUAUUGGAUACAUCUCAGAGACAGGACAGGCAAUGAGGGAAGAAACCAGUAGUGACAGGAAACUAGCCAUUGCAGAAAGAAGUGUAUUAAAGAGCUCCUUCUCUCCAUCCAUCUUGUUUUGCUGGGAUCAUUAGUUCAUAAAGUCCUGAGCUGACUUGUUUCUUAACUGAGCCAGUUCCUUUUAGGACAAUUAGCUUUCCCAGUUGCAGAGGUUUUGUACCCCCCUGAGGUUCCUCUAGCUCCUAUGGCAAAGGGGACAUUAACCUGCAGAACGCCUCUAUCAUUCCAUAGUUGCAGACCUUUCGGGAACAAGCCACACUGUUCAGCUUAGUGUAAAGCGUGCAUGUAUGCUAUGUGCAUAGCACGUAAGUGGUGGACAUAGCCAUGGGAUCAGGUAAAAAGCAGAACUCUAUGUAUAUUUUUUUGACUGUUCUGUCUGCAUUCAGUCGGUGAUACUCUCCUCCAUGGCUACUUCCCAUAUUCCAAACUUCUGAGCAGCUUCAAAUAUCUCCUGGGCUUGAUAGAUCCCUGGCGUGAUCCAGUAUGGUAACUCCAUGUACAACAUCUGUAAUGGGUUGUUUUGGUUUCAGAGACCAGGACCUGCCAUUGCUAUGAAUGUCAAAGCCUGCUGCUACCACCACCCAAACACAUCCCCAGCCCAUUUCUGAUUCCAAAGAGUUAAAUAGCAAGGGAAUCCUUACUAGACCUUAUCAAGAUUUAUUUUUCCAUUUUUUAAAUUUCAAACUCAAUGCAUGAUGAGGAAAAACCAUGGGGAAUAUUCCCCAGUGUUUUCCAGCAGGCUCUACUCAUUAUCUUAAACUAAUGAGGCAUCAAUUCACCAGAACAAGCAUCUGAGUAUUCAGCCUCAGUUCAAGGAUCACAAAAGCUUUGUCCCCCUUUCCCCCCACCCCAAUACAAGUUGUCUAGGAGUUUAUUGAGGGGAGAGGCAGUACAUAUGCUAUUCUUUAUAUGGCUAUGCAGCAUCCCAAAUAGGGAGGGCAAACAACAAAAGCAGAUCUCCGUCCCAAAGAUUUAUGGUUGCAGCUGAGAGCAUGCAGAGGCAGAAGUUGAGGGAAGGAUGCAGCAGAAACAUUCUCCACUCAUAUCCUUUCUUUUAUUUUACUUCUAAAAUAUAUUAAAUAUUAAUAACACCCUUUCUCUGUUAUUCUACCCCCUUAUUAUUGCACAUGAAACCCAAAGCCUAUACCCAACAGUCCUUCCUGCAUUUCCCUGAAAAGAAUCCUGGCCCCUCCUUCCAACUCCAACCUGCCCAGGCCAAAAGGGGCAACAAGUACUACAGCAAAGGUUGAUUUGGGUGACAACUUUGGAGCAUGAAGUGAUAAGGGGAUGCUACUCCCCGGAGUCUUAACUGUAGUUCCCUUCAGCUGUUCCUUGCUCAUGGAGAGGCAGGGACACAGAAGCAAACAAUAUUGGUCUUAAAGCAGCUGCAGACCAUGGAGACGAAUUUACAUAUUGAUGAAGCAAUGGGGAUGAUCUUGCUGAGGCUUCAAAAACUAAGCUAAAUGCAUUAAGCCAGGUCCUAAACUGUUGUCAUCCAGGUAGCAGCACCAAUCAAGUCAUUAAAAUUGCUCCGAUUUCCAACAGUGGAGCAUCUAGGAUAAUAUUAUAUCGCGCUUACUUUCAAGCUUUGUAGAUGAGGAUGUUACUAGAGUGACAUGGGUUUGGGGUUUGGAUUGCUGUUUCACUUUUGUAAUUGCUUCUAUUGUUCCAUAGGGGAGCACAAGCCUUUACAGACUAGAUAGAGAUGGACAAGUGGAAUUUUUCUGCAGUGUUCGCUGUUGCCUUAACUGUGUGUCCACUGGCAGUUUCACCAAUGAUACCUGAUGAAGCACAAUUAGGCCUACACAUGUGCUUUCAUGCACAGUAGCCUAUUUUAGUGUGCAUUAAAGCAUCAUGUUAAAAAAUGUACUAAUACGCUAAUGCACAGUAAAAAUGCGCUGCUCUGCAUUAAGCAUCACUAAAGCAUGCGCUUACACUACUGCACAUUAGGCAGCCUAAUGUUCAUUUAGUUAGUACCUCACAUUUAAGGGUGCCUGUACACAACAGUGGAGGCUGUUCUGAUGUGCUGGAUUCACAGUGUGUCAGAGCAGACUUGAAUAAUCUUGUACAGAUUAAUUGAGUCUUCUGGAGUGUGGUAAUUACCACACUCCAGCAGCCUCCCACAUCUCAUGUAUCAGUGUCCCCACACUUCAAAAUGGUGGCGGGGUGCUUGAACUAAAGCUUGUCAAACAAGUUAUAAUUAAAGCGGCUCUCAGAGCUGCUCGAGUUAAGUGCCACCCUCCCCCCACUCAUAGAGCACAUGUACAAGUGCCCAGAGGUACUACAUUUAAUGCACAGUAGCAAAAGAGCAUUAAUGAAUAUGUAGACAUGCCCACUGAGUACUUUUGAUAAUCCUUUCUGGGGGCUGCAAUCCAGAACUAUUUAGAUGCUUAUAAUUCAGAUGAUAAAGUCCGAGUCCCAUGAGGUACAAAGUCUUCUCAGUGCCCAUUGGCUUCAGUACAAGUUAGAGGCAGUUUCAGGCCUUGGCAGCAGCAGUUACAUGAUAACAGUAGCUUUGCAUGCACUAAUCUGCACUUGCCUGCAAUGCAUUAUUCUACAGUAAUCCUGUUUGAAAUCUGUCUUUGAUUGUUGGAUCUAAGCUCUGGCUUCUCCCAUACAAUUAUAUGUAUUUCCUAAACUUCAGGGGAAAUUGCUGCUUUAAAGCAUUCCAGUUUCUGGGCUCAAACAGGCCUUACUGGAGCUAGUGUUCUCUUGUUUUUAUGUGAAGACAGCACAUGAAAUAUUUAAACGUCAAAGCAUGGGUCUUUCUUUUCCCUGCUGUACCAACAUAGAAAACAGGAGGGAGACUACCUGUACUCUAAAAUACCCCACCCUAUUAUUGUUGCCCAUAACUGCCAAUGAAGAGAUGUUGAAAAGGCCAAAUUAUGAAACUGAAAAACCUCAUUUCAGAUGCUGAUUGUAAUCUGUAUCCAAGAACCAGCCACUCUUCUGCUGAGACCAUUUCACAGCAAUGUAUUGAUCAUGGGAGGGUGAAGAUACUUUUUUUCCCCAUUUGUGUAACUGGGUCUUAGAGUGUUGUAGCACAGGGACUCAAAGGCAAUGAAACCAGAUGUGUUGGGGUCCUAGCCCUGGCUAUUACUUGUGUAAGGAAUUCCAUAGGGCAGGGAUUUGUACCUGCUGUCAGCAUUGCCAUGCCACGGAGGUUUGGGAUAGUGGUCAAGGGAACAGCGACUGUAAAGGUACAAGCCUCCAGAAGACAGUGGGUGCAGGGAGUGGCUCUGCCACAACUCCCCAUUCUAGGAAGUGGGGAGGCACUCUGGACUCUACGAAGUCUGGCUUUCCAGUUUAGAAGUGCCUGUUUCUAGGGCUUAGUUCAGAACCAUCCUCUCUCGGGAAUGAAGUGGCUGGAAAUAUUUAUGGUUGGAAUUUCAAUCCUAAAAAACUUUGCCUAAAAACCCAAAACAUUUUGAUUUGGGGGUGUUGGUUUGUUGAAAAAAUAGCCAAAAUUUCAGUUUCCCAUAAAAAUGCAGAACAACACCCUAACUGCACAAGCCAGCCCGACUGUGAACCCACUGGCUUCUUUGAAAUCAUGCUUCUAAAAUGUUUUCUUGAACCUUAGCGCUCUAAGUUUGUGUAAAUGGAAACUAGCAAACCGUUUGGGUUUUCAGCGGUUCCAGAUCUAUGUAUGUAUGUCAGAUGCCUCAAUCAGUGUCACUAGGAACCAACCACACCCCUCUAAGGCAGUGUUGCCUCAGUUAAAUAACAAGUUCAUACAAUAGUCAGUCAAUUUGUUUCACAAAUAGCUACAGCUGGUUGGAAAAGACAGCCGAAAAGGAUUGUCAACUUUUUGUUUAAAUGUUUUACUUAAAUUUUAAUUUUUAAAAAAUUUUAAACAGCUCUUUGCUGGGUACACAACAUGAAAAAAAUGUUCAAAUGUCAACAUUUUCACUUAAAGUUCAACUUUUUUUUAAUAGCCAUCAGAAAGGAAAUUUCAGAAAAUGUCAACCGGAUCCAAGGGAAGUAAAACUACCUUUCAAAAAUGUAUCUAAAUUUCUCUUCAAGUCACAGACCUGGAUGAUUCCAAAUUGGCUCUUCAUAUUUCUGUGUGCUUUAAAAAGACAUAUUAACAAAAUGCACUUAUGGUAGUUGCCAGAAUGCCUCUGAAGUAGAAAUGCACAUUUCAGAAUCUCCUUUAAAUGAAGCAUACUAAUGUAUGGCAUUGAAGUGAUGGUUUGGAAGCCAAGAAAAUUCAGUGCAAAAGUCUGUUUUGGUGGCAGUGCUGUAAAUAGACCUGUGGCAGGCGCCCCCAAGUUUUACUGGGAGAAUUUGCCCUCAGAAAUUAUGACUUGAUGGCCUGAAAGAAACUCAGGCUUGAUGAAGGUUGAGUUCACUUGGCCCCAGCAAAGUGAAGGUACUGGGUUGUGCAUGAUUCCCCAGGUAGUAGUGGGAGCCUAGCAAGAUGGUUUUCAAACAGAACUUGUUACUGUUUGUCUAGCAUCUAGUUAGAAAUACAGGCAGAAAGUCUGCCAGCUGCCUAGAGGAUCAAGGUACAGAAUUUCAAUGGAUUUUAAUAGGAAUUGAGGUAUUAUUUCCCUUUUGGGAAGAUUACAAAAGUUAAGCCAAUAAAGUUUGUUUAAUGAUCUUUUUCAUGAGGAGCAAAAGUGUCCCAGUGAAAGGGGGACAUGUUUGUGAAAUGUGACAGAGAUUUGGAGAGGAAAAAACCCACAAAUUUAAAAUGCUAGAGUUUUCUUGAGCCUUUGAAUUCUGGUGGGUUUUCUUCCCUGCUGGCUGGAACUCCAUUCUUUCCUUAUUCUCCUGUCCUUGUCACCUUUCCACCUCCUCUUUGUGUCAUUGUGCCUUCACAUUCAUUUUUUAAAUGACACCAUGAGUUAAGACUGGAGCAUUGACUUGAUUCUCAUUUUGCAUUUCCCGAGGUGGGUGGGUUGGGGUUGGUUUGUUUUGUAGCAUUAAGCAUGAUUCAAACCUAGGUUUCUUUUGAGAAGUGGGGUUGGGGUGGGAGUGGGGAAUGGGCAGGUGUUGUAUUUUAUCAUACCAAUGCUUUAAGCAGUCAGAAACAUGGUUUCCCCUACCUCUGAGCUCUCAAUGCUGCUAAAAUCUCUGCCAUUCGUACAAUGUACUCCAGCACCUCUCUCAUGGACUGACUCCCGCUCUGUUUGCGCGGUAUCCACACUGUUCUAAAGCAUGCACCUCUUUCUGUAUAGUUCCAAUCUUCUGAUUUUAUGGAAUAAAAUACUUAUGCCUGUUUGCAUUACAGUAAAAAAUAAAAAGUGGACUAAAUCUA